GACGUAUAGGAACACAGUCACUUGGAAUGUAAUGCUCAAUGGAUAUGUGAAGGCAAAGAUGAUAGACAUGGCUGCGGAAGUGUUCUGGAGGAUCCCAGAGCGAGAUGAGGUAUCUUGGUUGACAUUGAUUGAUGGAUAUAUCUGUGCAGAUCUGAUAUCAGACGCAAUGAAGGCAUAUGUUCAAAUGGUGGGUGAAGUUGGUGCAAACGACUACGAGGUAUUGCUUGUUGAUUUGAUGAAGGCGUGUGCUCGGUACUCUGCUGUUACAGAAGGCCAACAGCUGCAUACAGUUAUUCUGAAGAAUGGUUUUGAUGCCCAUGCAUUUGUGCAAGCGACCCUGGUCCAUUUUUAUGGGUGUUGUGGUCUUAUUGGCCUUGCACAGAUGACAUUCAGAUUGUCAGACAAGUCCCACACAGCAUCAUGGAACGCUCUCUUGGCUGCUCUACUGAGGAAUGGCCUAAUUCGUGAAGCAAGGGAGCUGUUUGAUGAUAUGCCUGAAAGGGACACUGUUUCUUGGAGUACAAUGAUUUCUGGGUAUGUGCAGACAGGACGUUCAGACAUGGCUUUGAAGCUAUUCUAUUCAAUGUUGAAUACGAGCAUUGAACCAAAUGAGGUCACGUUGGCCAGUGCUCUAUCUGCAAUUGCUGAUUCUGGCACAUUGGACCAAGGUAAAUGGAUCCAUGACUAUAUAAUGAACAGACCAGUCCAGCUUACUGAUAACCUGAGUUCUGGGUUGAUAGAUAUGUAUGCCAAGUGUGGCAGUAUUGCUGAUGCAGUGCAGUUUUUCAAUCGCGUCAACGAUAAGUUCUCUUCCGUUUCACCAUGGAACGCUAUGAUUUGUAGUUUAGCCAUACAUGGUUAUGCACAUAUGUCGCUUGACCUGUUUUCACAAUUACAGAGGACUAGUAUUAAGCCCAAUUCAAUCACAUUCAUAGGUGUUUUAAGUGCAUGUUGUCAUGCUGGCACGGUAACCAAGGGAAAAUAUUAUUUUGAGUCCAUGACGAGGGAAUAUGGGAUCCAGCCAACGAUCAAGCACUACGGUUGCAUGGUUGAUCUCCUCGGUCGAGCUGGAUACUUGGAAGAGGCUGAACAGCUUGUUUCAAUGAUGCCUAUGAAACCAGAUGUUGUAAUUUGGGGCAGCAUCCUUUCAGCAUCAAGGGCACAAGGAAAUGUCGCAUUAGGUGAAAGAGCCGCUGAAGAAUUGGCAAAGCUUGAUCAAACCCAUGGUGCAUCCAAAAUAGCCUUGUCUAACAUCUAUGCUGAUGCUGGUCACUGGAUCAAUGUUUCAGUUGUGAGGAAGGAACUCCAGGAUGCAAAUCUUGAGAGGCUAACUGGAAGAAGUGGCAUUGUACAGUAAUAGGAUAGAUCUUUUCUCAGUUAGCUAUAAUGGGCAAGUGAUGAUGAGAAGCCCUUCCUUUCUUUCUGUAUUCUAUUUUCUGAAGAUGCCGUGACCAUUGUUUUCUCUUCAAACAAAAGCAGGCGCGAACAUGAUGUGAUGGCGGAAAUAUAAUUUCUUUUGUGGUCCUCAUUCAUCUUUGAUGGAUGGCGAUAUUGAUAUUUCAUUAUACACCAGAAAAUUCUCUACUGCAGGACAGAGCUGUGCCGUUUCAGUGCUGAUAAGAUGUAGUGAUGUACCCUGGGAAGCAUCAGAUUUAUCCGUGCAGAUUUACAGGUGUUCCUAUUUUCGAACACGAAGUGCAAACACUACUUCCAGAACCGCCUCAAGCCAUCCAAUCUCACAUGGACAGCCAUGUACAUGAAGGCUGAAGCAGCACAAGAAGGUAUGAGAGUUACUUCUUGAAUAAUCUGCUGCUGAUCUUUAAACAACAGCAUGCUGCAUGUAUCGUGAAAAUGGACCGUCUCCUUUUUCUGCAACUUUUGACUCUGAUGACUGGAAUGUCUGACCACACAUCACCUUGCACGCGCUCUACUGUUUCAACUUUUUUCCCGGCGUGGACUCUAUGCCUACUGUUUACUUGCAAUCAUUAAAGGAUUGGCAUGUGCAGUUGUGCACUAUUGGCCUCGACCGGGUGUUUCGUCACUGAACAGUCGGACAAGUCACAAGUGACCGUGGGCUAGUUGCUCAGCUACUAGGGCCUUGCAAUGUACACUGUAUUCAGCACAACGGGCCUUGGGGCCGUCCAAGGAAGACACUGUAUUCAGCCCAACGGGGUUUGGUGCUGUGAAAAGAAGCGCGAAGUCACCGGGAAGCCACGCAGAACCGGCAGCCCCUUGAGAUGUCUUUAGCAUAAGUAGCCGGAGCAUCGGGUUGACCCGGCAGACGACACGCCACCAGCACCAACCAUCCGGCGAGAGCGAGAUGGAGACCCCGCCGCGGGGCCGGUGGCCGCCAGGCUUCCGCUUCAGCCCCACCGACGAGGAGCUUGUUCUCUACUUCCUGAAGCGCCGGAUCGCCUCCGGCCGCCCCUCUCCCUACGUCGCCGACGUCGAAGUGUACAAGUCACACCCCUCCCACCUCCCCGAGAGGUCGGCGCUGCAGACGGGGGACAGGCAGUGGUUCUUCUUCAGCCGGAUGGACCGCAAGUACCCCAACGGCUCGCGCGCCAGCCGCACCACUGGCGACGGCUACUGGAAGGCCACGGGGAAGGACCGCUUCAUCUGCGGCGGCGGCCGGGCGGUUGGCAACAAGAAGACGCUGGUGUACCACCAUGGCCGCGCCCCGCGCGGGGAGCGUACGGACUGGGUCAUGCACGAGUAUACCCUACUUGCCGAUGCGCUCCCGCCUGCUGCGCAGGGUCGGGAGUUCUACGCGCUUUAUAAGCUGUUCCAGAAGAGCGGGGCCGGGCCAAAGAACGGCGAACAGUACGGUGCUCCCUUUCGAGAGGAGGAUUGGUUGGAUGACGACGAUGAGAGAGUGAUUGCGGGUGCAGCCGCUAAUCCUGUUCCUAACACCAACAGCCCACCAUCUACAAUGGAGGAGCAUGCAAUUACUGACCGUGAGCUUCCGAUUGAGGGUCUUGAUCAACCACUGUCAGAUUUUGGAAAUGAUCCGGAGUUGUUUUCUGAAGCACAGCCUGUUUCUUCCCAUGGUCAAGGUCAGGGUUGGCUCAGUGAGGGGGGUGACAAAGCUGAGGUCGUGGAUGCUUCCAUUAGCAAUGAUGUUGUGGUAGUAGCAGAGAACACCUGCACUGAUAUCUCUCUUGGGGAUAUUGAGCAGUUUCUCAUGCAAAUAUCUGAUGAUCAGCAAAACGAUGAAUUGUUCUCAGAUUUAUCAACACCACUUCCAAAAUUGCAGUUCCAGUGCGAUGAUCGUCAGGUUUGGCUUGAUGCCGAAAUGGGACAUGAAGUUUAUGCUGCGGAUCCUACUGCCAGCAGUGGUGCUGUUGUAACUGCAGAAUGCACUGUCACAGAACUUCCACUUGGAGAUCUUGAAGGGCUUCUGCUGCAAAUAGCCAAUGACCAGCACAUGGUCGAAUCCCAAUCAGAUCUUUCUGCACCAACUCCACAUCAUAACUUCAAUCAGGCUGACAUUGGGGAUUUACAUGAAUCUCAUGGUGCUCGGGUUGGUAAUCUUUCUUGUAUAGUUCAGGAAAGCACAUUUUGUGAACCACGGACUGAACCAAGUGAUCAAUUUCCACAGUCUAAUGUAACCAAUUUGCCAUUUAGCGGAGAAGCAAAUUCUUCUGAAGGGACCAGUGUGGCACAUUCUGUGUCAGGUUUGAUCAGUUACCACAGUCAAGAUGCUGAUGAAGAGUUCCUUGAAAUCAACGAUUUCUUUGAUCUGGAGGAUGUAGGUCAGAAUGCAAAUUGUAUGACAACUGAGUACAUGAUGUCUGCAACAAAUGGGAUGUUUGACAAUUUGGAAUACUCUGAUGCUUCUUCGUUUCUACCUGGGUCAUUUGACACAGUUGGAUUGGUAGCUGAAAAUCAAUAUUUUGAUACCGAUUACAGUGGAAUUCAAAACCAGGGAUAUCAAAAUACAACCGAAGUAAGGACAUAUAAUCAGGCUGCUCUUACUGUGCGGAGCCAUAUGAAGCAUGAUCAUGUAGUCUUAUCCUCGCAUGCAUCAGGCACUCUGAAUAUCCAUGCGGCAAAUGAGCUACAUAACCAGAGCUCCACAUCUUCACAAUCAUGGUUCAAUGCGGCUCUAUCAGCCUUGUUGGACUCUGUACCUAGUAGUCCAGCAUUAGCUGCUGAAAUCGAAAACACUGUUAUCAACAGAACACUCCAGCGCAUCUCUAGCUUCCGACCACAUCAAACUGCAGGUGAAGAAAACACUUUUAUCAACAGAACACUUCAGCACAUCUCUAGCUUCAGGUCACAGCAAGCAACAGGGGAAGAACCAGGCACCCCUAGUAUUCAGGUUACCAGAGGUGGCAGGCUGAUGUUCAUAUCUCUACUGGUUAUACUUGCUUCUGUUAUAUGGACCUUUACUUCAGGCUCCGCCCUCAACUUUUGCAAGGGUUUAUGGAAAUCCUCUUCUACGUGACAGAUUAAGUGGGAACCUGGUGACCUUGUCCUCUGUAAAUUUUUUGGUCCUCGGUACCAUUUAUGGUUUGAAUAUCAUUUCCCUUUCAAAAGGGUGAAGAGGUAGAAACAUUUUGAGGGUGGUAAUAUGAUUAUAGGUUGUAGAGCCUAUUUAAAACGGUAAAAUGCAAGGGGGAAAAGCAUAUCUGAUGGUAAUAUUUGAAACUAAUGGGUUACUGUUCUCAUUUGUAUUUUGACAGAUAUAUGUACUGAAUGCAAUUAACCUAUUAAUAUAGCUUCAGUUUCUGUGCAUAA